CUUUCUCACUUCCAGGAAAGUCUUCUAUUUUUCAUUCUCUUCUUUUUCUGAGAGAGUGUUAUUUGUUAUUGUACAUACAUUUAGUGGAUGUUACAGGGAGAAAAUAACACAGGUUGAGAGGUCAAAAUAAGACUGCAUUUGUGGAAAGUAAACUAGCACUCGACGUCCUGUUGUGAAUUACAGUUGAACCAGACAGAAGCAGGCAGCUGACGUCAUUAUCCAUGUAAACUGUAUCUGACAGAAAAUGGCCACGUUACAACAACAAGCUCAAGAUGGCAGUCCCCCCGUUUCAGCUUUGAUGCACCUGUACUGACCACCCCGCUACCAUCCAGAAGGCGAGAACAGGCCGUGGCUCGGGUGGCUGAGAUACCCUGAUGGAAUGCUUGAGUUGCAGCCAUCUUAAGACCGCAGAAAUUUGGAUUGCGCUUGAGCCGUUAGUGUCUACAGAAAAUGAGAUUUCAAUCUACAGACUUGAAUCUAUCGCAGGACGUUAUGAGUGCAGAAUAUCAGGGCUGCGCUGGGUAUGUGAGCGCAAAGUCACACUUCUGUACCACUUCAGCUCUUGGGAUCCUCACAGGGCAGUGCUACAAAGCAUGGGGUACAGGCAAGGAGGCCCCCUACUGGACAUCAAAAUCAUUGAAGGAAAACUGAAAGAAGUGCAUCUGCCACAUUUUCUCUGUUUUGGUGCACGGGUUGGAGAUCGUUAUGAUCCCUCUAUAAAGCAGAAAGUGAGAGUUCUUCAUGUAGAAGACUGUGGUGUGUCCAUAGAACAAGUGGAUAAGGUCACCCGCUUCCACGUCAAGAUUCUCCAUCCAUCUUUCUCUCUGAGAGGUGUUAUCCUGCAGGCAUUAGGGUGUUCCGUGCACUGUGACUUGCAGAUCUACCGAGCCAGGACAGCACACCUCACGCUACAUGCUUAUCUGAUGCCAUGUGAUCCUGCACUAACACAGGUAGUGGAGAAACAGGAGAAGUGUCAUGGAUCCACAAGGAUCCUAAAACCAAGACCAGAGAAGUCACAAUGGUUGACUAGUGAUUUCUACCUCACAACAUCCUGUCCUUCUGAUGUUAACCCUCGUAGAUUGGAGCUCGCACAUGUUGACCCACCAAACUUCUUUGAGGUGUUUAUAGGAGACGCAGAUUCUGACUUCAGUCUGAACCUAAGCUGUAAAAGUCGUAAACAAACCAUAUGGAACCACGAAAUACGAGAAGCUGAAUACAGGGGUCCCAUCUUGACAUCAGACCAGCACUUUGUGGACCUCCACCAGACAGCCCUGAUUGACAGAGUGAGUCAGGUCGAUUCCAUCUUGGACAGACUCCUGAAGAGUGGAGUCAUUACUGCUGAUGGCUACAAUGACAUGAUAGCUGAAAGAAAUAACCAGAAAAAGAUGAGGGAGCUCUUUGAUGGGCCCUUAAAAGGAUGUGGCUCCGAAUGCAAAGAUCGGUUCUUAGAGAUCCUGACAGAGCUGGAGCCAUACCUAAUCAAUCACCUGAAGCAGGAAUGAUGAGCUAGGUUGGUGAAAGGGGAACAUUUGAAGUUUAUUUUAGGGGAAAUGGCAUGAAUGAUGUCAGUUGCGCUUUGUUUUAUUUCUUUAUAAAAGGUGCAUCGUAUCAUAAUUUUUUUAUCAUUUUUUUUAAAUUUUUUUACACAUGUACAGUUGGAGUCAUUAACUCGUUUUUCAACCACUCCACAAAUUUCUUGUUAACAAACUAUAGUUUUGGCAAGUCGGUUAGGACAUCUACUUUGUGCAUGACACAAGUCAUUUUUCCAACAAUUGUUUACAGACAGAAUAUUUCACUUAUAAUUCACUGUAUCACAAUUCCAGUGGGUCAGAAGUUUACAUACACUAAAUUGACUGCGCCUUUAAACAGCUUGCAAAAUUCCCGAAAAUGUCAUGGCUUUAGAAGCUUCUGAUAGGCUAAUUGACGUCAAUUGGAGGUGUACCUGUGGAUCUAUUUCAAGGCCUACCUUCAAACUCAGUGCCUCUUUGCUUGACAUCAUUGGAAAAUCAAAAGAAAUCAGCCAAGACCUCAGAAAAAAAAAUUGUAAACCUCCACAAAUCUGGUUCAUCCUUGUGAUUAAUUUCCAAGCGCCUGAAGGUAGCACGUUUAUCUGUACAAAAAAUAGUACGCAAGUAUAAACACCAUGGGACCACGCAGCCGUCAUACUGCUCAGGAAGGAGAUGUGUUCUGUCUCCUAAAGAUGAACGUACUUUGGUGCGAAAAGGGCAAAUCAAUCCCAGAACAACAGCAAAGGACCUUGUAUAGAUGCCGGAGGCAACCGGUACAAACGUAUCUAUAUCCACAUAACCUGAAAGGCCGCUCAGCAAGGAAGAAGCCACUGCUUCAAAACCGCCAUAAAAAAGCCAGACUACAGUUUGCAACUGCACAUGGGGACAAAGAUCGUACUUUUUGGAGAAAUAUACUCUGGUCUGAUGAAACAAAAAUAGAACUGUUUUGCCAUAAUGACCAUCAUUAUGUUUGGAGGAAAAAGGGGGAGGCUUGCAAGCCGAAGAACACCAUCCCAACCGUGAAGCACGGGGGUGGCAGCAUCAUGUUGUGGGGGUGCUUUGCUGCAGGAGGGACUGGUGUACUUCACAAAAUAGAUGGCAUCAUGAGGAACGAAAAUUAUGUGGAUAUAUUGAAGCAACAUCUCGAGACAUCAGUCAGGAAGUUAAAGCUUGGUCGCAAAUGGGUCUUCCAAAUGAACAAUGACCCCAAGCAUACUUCCAAAGUUGUGGCAAAAUGGCUUAAGGACAACAAAGUCAAGGUAUUGGAGUGGCCAUCACAACACCCUGACCUCAAUCCUGUUGAAAAUGUGUAGGCAGAACUGAAAAAUCGUGUGCGAGCAAGGAGGCCUACAAACCUGACUCAGUUACACCAGCUCUGUCAGGAGGAAUGGACCAAAAUUCACCCAACUUAUUGUGGAAGGCUCCCCGAAACGUUUGACCCAAGUUAAACAAUUAAAAGGCAAUGCUACCAAAUACUAAUUGAGUGUAUGUAAACUUUUGACCCACUGGGAAUGUGAUGAAAUAAUAAAAGCUGAAAUAUCUACUAUUAUUCUGACAUUUCACAUUCCUAAAAUAAAGUGGUGAUCCUAACUGACCUAAAACAUGGAAUUUUUACUCAGAUUAAAUGUCAGGAAUUGUAUUUGGCUAAGGUGUAUGUAAACUUCUGACUUCAACUGUAAAUAUACAGGGGCACAACUUUGGUUUUAGAAGUAGGGGGUACAUAACCUGGGGGUUUUACUAAUUUACAUGAGUGGUAAGUCAGUACUGAUGAUUUUGUCAUUUGAGUAGUGAUGAGCACAGUGGCGAAUUUAGGUAUAGGCGACAUGGGCAGCCGCACAAAAAAAGUUGGAAUGGUGACAUUUGCGCGAUCGGUUUUCUAUCAUUCAUCUGCACAUCACGUCAAAGAUAUGUCACGGUGUGGGACUGUGGGUCAAUUAACCUUGUCAGAGUGGGCGCCCUGAUCCUAGUUUAUGAGCUGGGCAGAUUGGGAAGGUCUCCCACUCAAAAGUAUGAGAUGGGGGUGGGGAUAGGUUGACCUCAGGUCUCCCCACUGGAAGCCCGAUGUAAGGGGGAGCGGGGGUAUCUAUCAAACAGCGCACAUCUAAAUUUGUACAGUACUAAUGCAAUUAGUAAAAUCGGUCACACUACCAAAUAAACCACAAUUCAUUCAUAAUACUGUGAAUGUAUAGUUUCACAGGCAUAUUGUUGCAUUUUUUACUGGUUUGUGCAAAAUCGUUAAGAAUAAUAUAAAACCAGUCUGCACACCCAAGGUGAAUUGGUUUAGUCUUGACUCUUGGUUGACAGUGUUGGGGGAUGGGUCAUGUAUUGAUGCUCAAGUGCCAAAUCAACAGAUUUGUAUGUUUUAAUAUUUAUAUAGUUUUAAAUGUUAUGAUUAUUUUUGUUGUUCCAAAUGUCUGAAUAAAAAUACAGUUAGUGCAGAA